GUUAUCUUGACGGGGUGUGGGCUAAGUGUAAUGUUAUUGAAGACUGUUCAAACAUUCUUUUCGUAUCACACACUUGCAAGUGGAAACGUAAAAAACGUAAGACAACAUUAUCUAUGGAUGCGAUCUGGAACAUACUCGCAGUGGCUUUGGUAGCCAGUGUGGUCAACUGUGAUGUUUUUACAACCCAGCAAAUUCAAGACCUAGACGACUUCAUACAAAAUGCAAUGUCUUGCCGACAUGUUCCAGGCCUAACCUUGGGUGUGGUGAAAGGCAAUCAAUCUUGGACUAAAGGAUACGGAUUCGCAGACAGAGAAAAUAAUAGAAAGGUUGAUGCCAACACAUUGUUCGGCAUUGGUUCUAUCACUAAGUUUUUCACUACGACUCUUCUUUCUAUUUUGAUAGACGAAAGUAAUAAAAAAUAUACGUGGGAUACCAAGCUAUCAGACAUACUGGGAAAAGAUUUCAAGCUGAACACAAACCUCCGUACUACAGAAACAACCAUAAAAGAUAUACUAUGUCACAGAACCGGUCUACAGUCCGGUGAUAUGGGAAUAUUUGCUGGUUAUCCAAGCAAUUUCACAAGGGCACGUAUGACGGGUCUGUUGCAGUAUCUCGAUGAAAUAAGGCCAUUCCGAGAUGGCUUUCAGUACAACAACUGGAUGUACGCAUUAGCUGGUCAUCUUGUUGAGGUGAUAUCUGGUAACUCCUGGCUGGAGGAACUUCAAACUAGAAUAUUAGAUCCAGUUGAGAUGACAGAAACCCGAGUUCUAUCUACCAAUAUUCCAGUAACUGAUGAGAAGAUGGCCAAACCUUAUGUUAUGAUCGGUGAAGAAGUUGUACCUUCAGCUUCGAGGAUCUAUAACAUACAUCCAGAACAACCAGCAGGAGCAAUAGCUUCAUCAGCAAACGAUAUGGUCAAAUGGAUACAAAUGAUUUUAAAUAAGGGCAACGUAACAGACAAUGUCAUAGCUAAUUGGGAUACUUUAGAAACUGCUUUUAAACCACACACAAGUGUCCCCUUGGAGGGCUGGAAUAAACCGAUCUAUCCAAUAUCUCAUGUUCAAUCUGGAUAUGGAUUUGGGUGGUUCAUAUCAAACCAUAAUGGAUAUAGACUAAUGUGGCACACUGGUGGUUUAUUUGGUUAUACAGCUAACUUAUGGGUAUUCCCCGAUCUCGACAUCGGUAUAUUUAGUAAUGUAAAUGGUCCUGGACUAACUGUUGGGGGUGCUCGGAUAUUUGAAGUGAUCUUUUCAUACAUCUUUGACAUGCUUAUGGACCAGCCACCAUGGUUGAAUGAAACAACUGCUUGUACCUUUCCCAUGCCCUGGCAUCCCGAGAAUUACCCAAAGAGUUCGACUCUUAAUGUCACCAAUGAACCAGUAGAAAACACGAAGCAGUACACGGGGAUAUACGGCCAUAGAUUAUUUGGUGAAGUACACAUCACAGCACAAGAAAGCACUCUUUUCAUCAAAGCUGGUCUAAUGAACGGCGUACUAAAUACAACUAAUGUACCAGAUAGUUUUAAAAUGCAAAUCGUUGGAGAUUACGAAUUUUUUUCAAAUCAAAAUAAUGUGACAACGUUACUUCCAGUUACCUUUUUCAACAAAACAAACGAUAAAUUUCAAGAUGUACUUUUUAUAUUAGCGGCAGAUAAGGGUGUUUUCAAACGAGGAGUGGUAUGGGGUGAAGGAGAAAAAGGCGAAGAUUCUGAUAAUUCAACAUCGACUUUAUCCUCCAGUAGUUUAUUACAUAUUGGUCUUAAUUUUAUUAUUUAUUACUGUAUAAAUCAGUAAUUUUAGGCAAUAUGAAGCUGUCUUCGUACUUUCAUAUAUUUUUUUUCAUUCUAACUGGAAUAUCAGCUUCAAAAUAGUAUUGAUGGCCUAAGAAUGACUUUAGCUUUUAAAACAAAUGUUGUCAUGGGCACACAUUUGUUUAUACAAAGGACAAUUUCAGCAAAAUGUUAGGCAAUUUUUUGGAAAUAUUUAAGAGGAAAGGUUUUUAUAUAUUAAAUGUAAAGGUUGCAAACCUAUAUAAUUUUAUGUUCCAACGUAAAGUAAUUCCAAAACUAUAUGUAUCAGUAUGCCCUUAUUGGAAUUCAAAACACACGGUUGAAAGAAAACAGUUCGGGGAAAGUAGUAAGUUAAGAUAAGUAUAUUUUCUUAAUGCAUUAGAGUCAUAUUUCCGUCCAAUUCUUGUAUUUACUUUAUCGGUUAAUAGAGCUCAAUUUCAGCCGCUUGUUUUUCUUCUAAGAACAGAAAUACGACGCCUGGUACGUCUGCAAAUACAGAAUAAGCUAAGAGCGGUAGUGACGUGUGUUCAGUUUUAACCGUAAAAAAAUGUGAGCUGAUAUCUUCUGUGUUGAUGAAUAUCUAGAAUGUCGUCGCUUAUGCUCUGGGAUUUUCCUUAAUUGCAGAUUAACAAUAAGUCAGAUUUUUAUUCUGAUAAGCACUCCUAACGGCUAAAAUGGAGCUUCAUCAGCUCAUAAAGCAAAUGUUAAGACGGCGAUAUUCCUUAUUAAUGGCUUGUAGCACUUUGUUCGAAUAUAGUAUGAAAAGUUUGUGCAUUGAAUUGAAAUAUUACCCCAAAUUUCUAAUAAAAGAAAAAUGUAUUUC